AUGGCGUGCUUCAGCCCGACGAAGGCACGAGUAGCACCCGUCGCGGCGGCAGAAUGGGCCAGCGCCGCAUCCAAUGAAACGGACGCGGCCAAGCGCCUGGAAUUGCUCUGUGCCACCCUGGACAGCAUCGAAACAAAUGCAUCGGACAGUGCGAAAGCGCUCGCAGCCUGCAUCCACGUCGCCGACGUUAGUUUAGGAGACGUCUGGUCCGAGGCGAGACGAGCCUGCGCCCGCGGCGUGGCCAAGGUGCCCCUCGCAUCAACCGACCGAGCGAGGCUCGCGGCGCAUUUUGGGGAACAGCUCGAUGCUUUGGGCGAGAACGACGACUGGCGGCGGUACGACGGCCUUUGUCGAGCCUUGGAGCAGCUCGUGACGCGGGGUUCAGUUAGUAUCGUGCGGGAAGCUCAUAUUGUGGCCCGCAAAGCUUUAAGCCAUGAGCAGCCGACGGUGCGCCAGGCCGCCGCUAGAGUAAUGGCAUCGGCUGAUGCGUCGUUGUUGGAGACGAUCUCCAUGGAACGGGAGGCUUGGUUGCGGGAGAAGGGUAUUGAUCGGGAACGGCGGGCGGCCGCGCUGGCGGGCUUGCUGGAAGGUGCCAACGUGCUGAUCAAGAACCAUGAUGUUGCUGAUUUCGACAUCGACGCUACGGUAGCGUUGUUGGGAGAUGCGGCGUCGACGGUGCGGCAGGGCGCCGCCGAGCAGCUGCAGCGCCUGGCGUCCAAAGGGUUGGAGUUGGCUUCGAGAGUCGUCGCGAGCAUCUCCGAGGCGUCCUUGGCGGACUGGCGGCGAGCGGAAGGCUCGCUCAUGACCCUCGACGGCGUGCUGUCCGAUGAAGCGUCGCGGGCCAUGGCAAAUUACCCGGACGUCGACGAGUCCAGAGCGACUUACCGCGCGUCCCUACUCAAGAUUUCGAUGAGGUGGCUCCGGACGACCGUGCGAACGGACGAUGAGGCCGAGCCGUUCGAGGUACGAAGGGCGGCUCGACAAUUGGCGCACUCUACCGCUCGCGCAGAAAUAGCUUUUGUGUCUCAUACACCUGGUUCUAUUGCUCUUUCAUUAUUAAAAAAGGGGCCGGACGCCGUCGCGGCUCGACUCCUACACCACGCGUGCUCUUUUCUGAGGUAUAUUGAUGAGUCUCUGAUGGAAGCUCAAAGAACACCGAGGGGCAGAAGGUGGGGCCUGUCGCACGAGGGCGCCGGCGGCGACUCGGAGAGCGUCGAGCAGUCGGAGAGGGCCGUCUCUAGGGCGGUUGUUGCCGCCCCGGAGAAACUGUCGGAGCGCAUCGAGGCCUUCCGACCCGUGUUGCUGGAGUGCGUCCAAUUAAUUCAACAGCAUCCUGCUACAGAAGAAGAUGCGCGCGCCGAGCCCAAGGCGUCUCCAUCGAGGACGCCGGGGGGGACGUACAAUUUGACGGCGACCGAGGAGUUGCGCAUCGAGGAGCGACUGGUUAUUGUGAGGGGGCUGGCGUUGUGUAUUCCCGACGGCGCCAUCGCGGAGGAGCGGUUCGGGGCAUUUUUUAAAGUGGAAAUGAGGGAUCCCGGCAGACAGUGGUUUCAUCUAGCGAAGGCGCCUUCUGAAUUGAGGAGAUUAGCCGAGCCGGCGUUAUGCGAGUUCGUGUCGUGUUUGAGACAUCCACAGGCCCUGGAGUCGGUUGGUCCUGCACUUGUGGACUGGUUACUCGCGCUGGAAGGGAACCAACGGGGCGACCGGGAACGGCCCACGUCGAGAAAACACGUCGCCGAGGCCCUCUGUGUCUUACUACGCGGUGCACUAUGUGUCUUCCAGCCGACGGGUCGUAUUACGGACCACGCCUGCUCCAUGUUAGGGACGGUCUUCCGAGCGGCGGCGUUCUCCGCAGAAAGGGAGACCUUUGCGGUGGCCCUCGGCGAGAGAAACGGUGCGGAUACAGUCGCCCGGGCCGCCUCUUCUAUGAUUGCGCAACUGGCGCCGGCCUGGAGCCGCGUGCGGCGAAGUGACGGCGAGGCCGCGGCUAGAUUGGCGGCGUUAUGUGCGCUCGCGGCCGCCGUGUGUUCGAUCGACGCGACGCACCUGCGCGCGGCGCUCGCUUCGUUGAUAGCGGCGUGCCCUGGGCAACAAACCCCACCACGGACUCCCGUGAAAGCCCCGCGGCCGCUGUCUCCGUUGGGGCUGGGGCCGCCGGAGACGCCGGUGACGCCGCUGUCGCCCCACGCCGCCGAGCCCAUCGACGACUGGGACGACUGGGACGACGACGACGCGGACGAGGAGCCCGUCGUCGCGAGUUCCGCGGGCCUCGCGGCGCUCGUGGACGCGGUCCGCGCCGAGCUCGGUGCGGAGGCGUCGGCGCCGAGGUUGUCGUUCUUUUAAUUCAUAGUCUAGUAGUGCUCGUUUGCCUUGCUUUUUGCCUUUGCUCUGGACUUUCACAGCCAGUAAAUUGGGCGGCUGCGCGAGCGCGCCUGUGGACUCUUACGCGCAACAACCACAGCGCAGUGGCGGUGGACGUCUGUGGGGCGGCGCGGUCGCGAAAAACCGCGCGGCGAGCCGCGCCCGAGCCGUGCAGAGCGCGUUUUCCAAGUGCUCUUGCAGGCUUGAACUACCUCCUCCGCGCGCGCGACGUCCAUCAAUUCCGCCUUGAAUCAUGGUCCAAGUCGUGGAUGAGCCGACAACCGCGCAGAAAACUAUAAUUACUCGCGCGCCCGCCGUCGCCGAGUCGCCGCGAUCGUCUCGCCGCGCAGGUCGGACCUCAUCCUCAUCAACGGGUGCCUCUGCUGCAAUUUGAGUUUGUACGCCGAUUGCCCCGAGUGCAUUGGGGCGUCGUGCAAGGGCGAACUCCUCUGCUGCGUCCAGCGCUUCUGCUUCAAGGCCGGAAUGCCGCCGCUCACGUGUUGCGAGUCCUUCGUCGACAAGGAGGUCUGCUGCCAGAUAGGCUUGUGUUGCUGCGCGAUCGGCGUCAAGUGCCCGACGACGUGCAUCAAGCACCAGGGCCAGUGCUGCUGCAUCGUGGAGAACGUGGCGAUCCCGUGCGACUCCGAGAUCCCGAUGUACCGCGGCGGCGUCCUCGUACGACUUGCCUUCGACCGAUUGGCGCAACGGUAGCGCGUCAGAUUCCAGUCCUGAAGGUUACGCGUUCGAAUCGCGUAUCGGUCACUGAGGUCGUGUCUGUGCCGCCGUCAACGGUACACCCACAGGUCGUGCGCGAUCUGCUUCCUCGCGUGUCACCCCCACGUCGGCGUCUGCGUGCGCCUCAAGUCGCGCUGGCCGUACCACCGCGCGGGCGGCGCGCCACCCCAAGCCGAGGCGAUGGAUGGGAAGGAAGAAAUUAGAGUGGUGGAGGAACAGCCGUCGUGGCAGGGCGGGUCGCUCGAGUCGCUCGACGUCAUCGACAAGGUGCCCGACGAGUCCGUGAAGUUGGCGGCGGACCAGUGA